UUUAACAAAACAUUGUGUCUAUUCAGAAAAGGAGCGUUUCUUCAGGAUAGUCUCCUUCUAAACUUCUAUAAAUACGGACUCAUCCCAUAAGAAGCGAUAUAAUUUACAUGUACGAUCAAAAGCUUUGUUAUAUCCUGAUAGAGAUUUGCUUGUAAUCCCUAAAGAAUAUACAGGCAUAAACUCUUGAAAGAUAGUGAUUUUUCACGCCUCAAAGCCUUUAAUUUUCUAUUUUUCUUUUCUAAUUUUUCUAACAAUUUUCAAGAGUUUAUUUGCUAUGGACAAAUUAUUGUCUGCUGUUGAGAAUCCAAAAGAACUAAUCAAACUAGAUAGUUUUGAUGGAUCGAAUUUCACUCGCUGGAAGGACAAGAUGAUUUUCUUACUCACUGCGCUGAAAAUAUUUUAUGUCCUUGAUCCAUCGCUGCCUGCACCACCCGAACCUACCCCAGAAGAUACUGAUGCGACCAAAGCAGAGAGGAAGAAACGAGAAGAAGAUGAACUGCUCUGUCGAGGUCAUAUUCUGAAUACUUUGACUGAUCGGUUGUAUGAUUUGUACUCCAAUCUGAAAUCUCCAAGGGAAAUCUGGACGGCGUUGCAGACUGCUUAUGAAAACGAGAAGCGAGAGAGAGUAGAAUGGUUUUCCCAUGCGGUGCUUGGAGUUUGACGUUGUUUUAAAAGAAGAAGCCAACGGUUAGAGAAGAGAUUUACACUAAAUAGGACACAACCUUUCUGAAGAGUUUCCAUAUUUUUCAGUUUUAUUUUUAAAUUUUAAAUAGGAAAAAAGGGUGAAAAUUUAAGGAAAAAGUUAAAUAUGUAUGCUGGUCUAAGAGAGUGCCACAUCACCGGGCCUAUGUCUCUCUUUUAUAUAUUUAAGGAAAAAGUUAAAUAUGUAUGCUGGUCUAAGAGAGUGCCACAUCACCGGGCCUAUGUCUCUCUUUUAUAUAUACUAAUCUCUAUGUUCAUGCUUUCCACGAAUAUAUCUUGCUUCGCACGAAUAUAUCUUGCUUCAAAUGCUACGAAAUGCAUGCAUAAAAUAUAAACUUUCUACAGCUUCUAAAUUCCAAAAAUAAUUAUUGUUCCGUCAAAUAUGUACGAAGUACAAUAACCAAUUCUCUAAUAUCUAUGUACGUGCAUCGCAAAAUAAAAAAAAUAAAAAAAUAUAUUAGAAAUUGUAAUGAUAGACCUGACUAAUAUUAACUUAAAUUUACACAUAAGAACAAAAAUAAAAAUAUUAACUCAAAAAACUGUCAUCUCCUCCCUUUUUCGUCCUAAAACUCUCUCGACACCACCUACAAUAGUAGUCGUCGUUUUGAAAUAGCUAUAUGCUAAUAUAUAGUAUUAUCCUUUUAAGAAAAAGAAGAAAGAACAAAAAAACUAAGUUAAA